AUGCUACAAAGCUUUAUAACCGGUUUCCCCAAGCGUUGCCGGGCAUUAAAGCGGUUUAGCGGGAUACCUGUAUUUCGUUGGAAAAACCGCGUUUUCAUGGCUUUUCAAAUCGUUGGGAUAAAAGCUUGUAUAUUAAAGCUAGCUGCAGCAGGAAAUUGGGCCCAACCGGUAGCUUACGGUAUCCCGUUAAACCGCUUUAAUGCCCGGCAACGUUUGGGGAAACCGGUUGUAAAGCUUUAUAACAUUCGAAAAAAUGGCUAUAAAUGUUAUUUUUUGUAUUUAAUUAUGUAA